UCUCCAGAGCCUACCUGCACCGAGAACGAGAAAUACAAGCAGCUACCAGUACUGAAACUAUUAUUUGCAUACAUUCUCUCACACCUCGUAUACCCAUCACUCUCUCAAUGCUGUCCCCACGACUCUAUAUUCUCAACGUCGCUAAAGACCCCACGGAAGCGAAUAGGAUAUCAAAAGAGUCCGCAAAACAAAUUCAGGAUAAAGAACUCAAGCUUCUGGAUCUUGUCCAAUCUCUCGGAGAAUAUUUGACAGACGAUGACAAAACUACCAGAGCAAAAGCCAUCGGGUACCUCUCUUCGGUUUUGGGGUAUUUAGACCCUAAAGCACUAUCGCGACAGCAAGUGGCCGUGAUUGCGCAGUUUCUAUGCGAUCGUUUAGAGGACGAAACCGGUCUUAGGGAAACAUCUCAGGGCCUCUUCGCCCUUCAAAAGUCAUCGAGAUUUGGAAGGGAGGAGGCUACUCUUGUUUCUUCCGCCAUAUGCAAAGUAGAUCUACAGAAACACCCGCAGGGAACUCGUUUUGCAGUCUUAACCCUGAUUGACAGUUUAAUGGCAAACCGACGUGAUGUAUUAAAGGCCAUGGGUGGUAAAUUUGUCACUGGCUUUACCGAAUUGGUCGGGGGUGAAAAGGAUCCACGGAAUCUGAUGAUUGUCUUCUCUCUUGUCAAGGUGAUACUCGUUGAGUUUGAUAUCGUCCCACACAUCGAAAUUCUUUUUGAUGCGGUUUAUUGCUACUUCCCAAUAACAUUCAAACCACCACCGGACGACCCAUAUGGGAUAACAGCCCAGGACCUAAAGCUUCGGCUUAGAGAGUGUAUUGCUUCAACAAAGUACUUUGCAGGACACACAUUUCCUCAGCUUAUUGAGAAACUAGAUUCAACCUCCUUGAGUGUUAAGAAAGAUGUUCUUCAAACUAUAACUGCUUGUGCUCUCUCAUAUGGCCCACAAACAAUUUCCACACAUUCUACGCAGUUAUGGGAUGCUGUUAAAUUUGAGGUCCUCAAUUCCACAGAAGAAGAUGAAUUGGCAACCGAAGCUUUAUUAGCUAUCCGAGCUAUUGCGGAGACGCUUUCCUUUGGGUUAAAAUUCUCAGCUCCCACAGCCUCUCCGUUAGCGAGAUAUCUUAGUGGCAUAGUUAAAGAGUGCCUAAAGCUUCUACAAGAACCCCAGCAAAAACAAGCCAAGCCUGCCGGGAAUAUCCUAUCCAAAUCAGCAACAGCCAGCACAGUAGCACACUUGUUCAUAGUAGAAAAGACUAUGCCGGCACUACUCUUAAUACACGGCGAUGCAGACAGCCUGGCCAAGCAGCGGGCACUCAUGGAGAUCUUGAACAUGUUGUUUCAGUCUUCUCUUCAAACAUUUGGAGCAUGGGGAGAUUCAACGUCAGAGCAGGUGCACUCAAAUCCCUUUACGGAAUACAUUGACAAGUUAUUUGAAAUGUAUUCGCAAGCGCUUAUGGGCAGCUUACGAGAGGAGGUGAGCUUGAGAAUCACAGCAUUAAAGGGAUUGGUUUUGCUAUGCACGACCCGGAGGUUGUUUCAAGAGAACGAAAUAGGUAUGGUUGUGCAAUACUUUGAUCAGGUUUUGUUAGAAGUCGAAGAGAAAGAGGAAAUCAAAGAAUUAGCACUCCAAGGAUUAAAGGAUAUCUCGAAGAUAAAGCCAAACCUCAUAAUGGACAUAACGUUCCCUGCAUUUAUGGCACAACUUCCCGAUUCUGAAAAGGAAGCAGAUCCAUCAAAGCCAUACACUGCGACGUUGGAAGCACUAGCCAAGUUAAGCUCAGGAAGAGCUGUAUUCCAGGUUCUCUUAACUCGGCUUUUGAAUAAGCUUGACAUCGUUCUCAGAGAAAAAUCUGGCCCAAUGUAUCCCCGAGCAAUCCUUUCCACACUUUUAUAUGUUCUCCAGAAACAGCCGGAGAGUAAUCAGGAAGACAUAAAGGCAUACUUCGCUCGACUAGUGGUUCCUCUACUCACAAAAACAAUAAUUCCGAUGGUUGAUAAUACUAGCGAAUUUGAGGACUUCCGGAUAAUGGCGAAUGAUUCCAUUUUGGACGUUACUGGCCGUCUGUUUAACAUUAUAAUUAGAUCAUUGGAGUUCGAGGAACAAAUAAAUGUUUCACGACAGCUAAUCAAUAUCUUCGUCCUUGGGAUUCCCAGUGAAUACAUACCCAGGACGCAUGCCGAAAUUGUUGCACGCGAUUUCAAACCUUUACAGCAAACCGCAAACAAAGAACAAUCUGGCUGUACUAUUUUGCUCACUUAUGCAUUAGCAGGUUUAAGGCGAGAAGUAGUAUUGGCGGCCCUGUCUACCCCAGAGCUCAUUCAACAAAAUGUAGAGCUUGCUACCCGAACAGCCCGUUCCACUCAGAGAAUGGCACACCUAUAUCUCAUUGCCCUAUUGGCAAACAAAUGGAUGAAAAAGCCAGGGGAUUCCGAGCUCCUUCAAAAAAUCACGGCUGAUCUCUUGGAAUCAGUCUCCAGCUCUAUAUUAGCCUCACGAGAAUACGACAACCUAGUUGGACAAAAACUGCAGACUGUCCUUUGGAUUACCAAAGCCAUAGUAGUUCGAGGUGACAAAUAUGGAACGGAGGUCACUGAGAAGGUAGUAACAUUGCUAGGAGACAAAAAUUAUGGGCCAAUAGCAAGUAAAGGUUUUGUAGUAUUGCUCGGCGAUGAUGAGUUUAUAACAAAAAGCAAUUAUGCUAUCAUCAGGCCCCUGACAAAACAGAAGAUUUUCACGUUUUGUGUGCCGAAAAUCGUGGAAGGCUUUCGCACUGCUGAUUCAACUACCAAACCCAACUAUCUUGUUGCACUUUCCAACAUCCUAAGGAAUAUGCCUCCCGCCGUCAUCCUCCCAGAGCUUGGAAGACUUCUUCCCCUCCUUCUCCAAUCCCUAGAUCUUCCUGACCCCAACGUCAAAUCAGCUACCAUCGAAACCUUACUCAUUACCGUCACAGAGUCUGCUGACGCGAUGAAGGAGCACAUAUCAUCUUUGAGCGCAAGGCUAUUAAAUGCCUGUACGAACCGUGAAGAAAACCCGCCGAGGAUUAGAUCAGCAGCACUGCGGUGCUUGAAGGUCUUUCCUAGAGCUCUUAGGACCGACUUGUUGCUUCCGUAUAAAAGACAGGUGAUUCGAAGUUUGGUAACCGCCCUCGAUGACCCGAAGCGGAACGUCAGGAAGGAGGCAGUUGACUGUCGGGCGAGGUGGUAUUCUUUAGACGAACCGGAGGAUUAGGAUAGAUUUGAACUAUGUUGGAAUUCCUGCGUCUUCCUUAGACAAUAUAGCGUUACCCCAGUGUUAAA